GGUGGACAAAAGUGUUAAAAAGUUAAGACCAACCGGACAUUUUCUGAUAAUAAAAGAAACUUUAUGAACCCAAACACUAAACUCCAAAUAAGCCCCUAUUUGUAUCCUUCUAGAUCCAACCCCACCGUUAAAUUCUCGCCGGCGGUGAUCCUUCCGACGUCGGGAAAUGAAACGUGGCAGCGGAUUCUCGUUCCACGUCACCGUCGUCAUAGCCGCCAUUGCAUUCAUCUACUUCUCAACGGUGUUCGUCUUCAUUGAUCAGUGGUUUGGGCUUUGGUCGUCCCCUGGGAUGCUUAACGCCGUCUUCUUCACCGUCGUUGCUGUUAUGUGCAUUUCCAAUUAUGCCCUUGCCAUCUACACCGAUCCGGGUCAGGUUCCUAGCUCAUUUGUACCCGAUGUUGAAGACCCUGAUAACAUCGUUCAUGAGAUCAAACGCAAGGGUGGGGAUUUGAGAUACUGCCAAAAGUGUUCCCUUUAUAAGCCUCCACGUGCUCAUCAUUGUCGUAUAUGUAACAGAUGUGUACUACGAAUGGAUCAUCAUUGCGUGUGGAUGAAUAAUUGUGUGGGCCAUGCGAACUACAAGAUCUUCUUCAUCUUUGUUAUGUAUGCUGUUGUUUCUUGCAUAUAUUCCCUGGUUUUGCUUGCUGGUAGCAUAACUAUAGAAUCUCCAAAGGAUGACCAGCAAAGUGAAAGCUCUUUCAGAGUUGUAUAUAUUAUCUCAGGGCUUAUACUAGUCCCUCUAAGUUUGGCACUGGGCUUUUUCCUGGGUUGGCAUUUUUACCUGAUUUUGCAAAACAAAACAACAAUUGAGUACCAAGAAGGUGUGAGAGCGAUGUGCGUUGCUGAAAAGGGAGGUUAUGUCUAUUCACAUCCAUAUGAUCUUGGUGCAUACGAGAAUUUGACAUCAGUUCUAGGUCCAAAUGUCCUUUGCUGGCCAUUCCCCUCCACAAAGCAUAUUGAUUCUGGCCUUCGUUUUCGGACAGCAUUUGAUAGUGUACCUAGGACGCCAGUAUCAAAAUGAAAUGUUUCUUCUUACAGCAGAGAUGUAAACUAUUUGUUCGCCAAAGCAGCUUGGUGCAGCUGUGCAAGUCUAGCUUUUACCUUGUAAAGUAGCAGCUCCACUCUUCGUGUGAAAGAGCUAAGAAGAGUCCUGUUUCAGACUGCCAAACGAUACAACACGGAGGCAGUCAUCAAGUUUUUGUUUUCUAUCGGUUCUAAGAGAUGUUCGGUCCUCCAUCAGCAGUCGCAUUAUAGUCGAAGGUAACAAGAGAAUUGAAGUAGUUGGACCUAGGAUACUAGCAUUGUUCAUAGUUGUGAGUUAUUUUACGUGAUGUACAAAAAGAAGUUCCCUUAUCUAAGCUAACUUAGAGCAUUCUGCUGUAGCUCAAAUAGUUGUAAACUUGUAAUACAUUCAAACUACAAAAUGAGUAACGUUAACAUUUUUUGGAGCAAUU